AUGGCUGUCGCAUCCAUCCAAGACCGGACCUCCGAGUUCAAGUUGGUCCUCGCGGAAGCGCAGAAAAGACAAAAGGCCAGCAGAGUCAGCGCGCAGAGGCGGUCGCUCCUGACUGAUGCGCAAAAGACCGCCGCAGACGCCUCCGCCCAGCAGUCCCGUCGAUCGGAUUUCGCGAGAAAGGCUGCUGAAAUAGGGCGAGGGAUCUCUGCCACGAUGGGUAAACUGGAGAAACUGGCGCAACUCGCUAAGCGGAGAACAUUGUUCGACGACCGACCGGUUGAGAUCAACGAGCUUACCUUUGUCAUCAAGCAAGACUUGUCGUCAUUGAAUCAGCAAAUAGGAUCUCUACAGGCUCUUUCGAAGCAGCAGCACCCCAAAGCCGACCAGGAAGGCGAGCACAACAAAAAUGUCGUGUACCUGCUCCAAGGCAAGCUGACCGACGUCUCUGUCAAUUUCAAGGAUGUCUUGGAGGAACGGACAAAGAAUAUCCAAGCUUCGCGAUCAAGGACGGAGAAUUUCAUCUCGUCGGUCUCUCAACACGCGGGCCCGACCAUCCAGCACUCUGCUUCGCCUCUAUAUGGAACCCCGAAUCGAGCAUCGCCUGCUCCCGCCUCCGACACGCUUUCGCUAAACCCCAUCGGCGAUCAACAGCUGCUCAUGAUGGAAGAAGCUCAGCCAUCCAACACGUACAUUCAGCAGCGAGGCGAGGCCAUCGAAGCCAUUGAGAAGACCAUUGGCGAACUGGGCAGUAUUUUCGGCCAGCUCGCGACCAUGGUUUCUGAACAAAGCGAGAUGAUUCAGCGGAUCGACGCCAACACGGAAGACGUGGUGGACAAUGUCGAAGGCGCACAGAGAGAGCUUCUGAAGUACUGGUCGCGCGUGUCGAGCAAUCGAUGGCUGAUAGCCAAGAUGUUUGGCGUUUUGAUGAUCUUCUUCCUUCUCUGGGUUCUGGUCUCGGGAUGA